AUGGGAACUCAAGAAGAGAACCAGGUGCGUGCCUGGGGAUUCCACCACGUAUUUACGUGGUCUGACGGCCCAGUGAGGCCCAUAGGCAGCGGGCCGGGCGGUUGGAGACACGGGCGCUUAUUUAAUUCUUGUGCUCGACGCAGGGGCUUCCACUAUGCACCACAUUCCCACGCGAGCUUGACCACUCAUCUCAUCGUCGCCGGCGAGCUGACUCUUUGGUAUCCGAACGAAACCAGCCAGCAGAGGGUAACAUAUGGGCCCGGGUCGCGCGUUGACGUCGAGGCUGGGCGGGUGCACGAGGUUUGGGUCGGGGAUGAGGGGUGCACGUAUGUAAUUGGCGAGUGCUAG